GGGACUAAAUACGUCUGCAACACCCCAUGCACGAGUAUGCCCCCCCCCCCCACUCCGGACAAGCCUCAGAGAGUCAGUGCUGGGCGCUGAAGAGUGGCGGCAGGCGGCUGCUCUUUUCAGGAGGCUGGGAAGUUGGAGGUUUGUCUGAGGCCUGAUCGGGCUGUGUGCAGAGACCGAGACCCCCGGGCACCUGCUCGGGAGCCGCGAAACGGGGCAGCAAGGGACCCAGAGAGAGAGAGAGACCAUCAGCCUCGCCUGCCGCUAAGGAAAUGUCCUCGCUGGUGAAGGAGGACUUGCAAAAGAAGCUGUUUGACCCCCUGGGGCAGAGCCUGCAGGAGUUCAUAGAGAUCGAGUGCUCCGCCCACAACAGGUUUUACCUCUGUGCCGCAGUGACUAAAGGUGGAGAAGUAGAAAUAUCUAUGGUGAAACACUUCAGAAUAGAUCUGGAUGAGAAAUAUGAAAUGGCUGAAAAAUGGUUUUUGAAAGAUCUGGAGAUGAUUGAUGGAAAAGAAGCAGACACUGAUAAUCCAUAUUUUGAUAUGCACUUUGAGAAGGUCUACAGUUGGGAAGCACAUAGCUGUGCAUCUAAAUAUGCCUUUGCUCGAACGUUAAACAAAUUGAAUUACAUGUACCUUAAUAAGGACUUGAAGAUUGUGAACUUUGAUAUAACCUACAUAAAUGAUGAUUCACUCUGGUCAUCCAACAAUGGAGACUGUUUAGUUCUUAUGAAGAUAUGCUUCUAUGCUUUCAACCUUUUGUGUCUGUCCCUGUGUCCUAUGCCAUAAAGAUGGAUUUUAUAACAGUAAGGUGACUAGCUGACUUCCAGUGCCAGAU